ACCACAUGCAAACUUCCGCUCUUCCGCUUUCUUGUUGUGUUUCGCGUUGCGUUGUGGGUGAUCGGGAAAUCGGCGUUGUGACAGUUUUAACCGGCCUGUGUACCACGAUUUUCACGGUUAAACCACCAUGGGAUGUGACGGUGGCACAAUACCGCGUCGCGACGAGCUGGUCAGGACCAAACAGAAGCCCGAACAGAAAGACAAAGACGCGGAGGCCGUGGCCAAGUGGAAACACUGCGCCAUCACGCAGGAAGAACUCAGACUGCCCAUCGUAUCGUGUGAGCUCGGCAGACUUUACAACAAGGAAGCCGUGAUCGAACACCUUCUGAGCAAGGACUCGUCUUGCGAGGCGGCCAAGCACAUUCGCUCAAUGAAGGACAUAGUGGAGCUGAAGCCCACUGAGAAUCCUGGCUACAAGCGGCGCGACGCCGACAGGGGCGAUGAGUACGUGGACCUCAGGGCGUCCAGGUUCAUCUGCCCAGUGGUUGGCCUGGAGAUGAACGGAAAGUACAGGUUCUGCUACCUCCGGCAGUGCGGCUGUGUGCUGUCAGAGCGCGCCCUCAAGGAGGUGAAAUCUGAAGUGUGCCACAAGUGUGCCACUCCCUUUGAGGAAGAUGACAUCGUUGUUCUCAAUGGAUCGGACGAUGAUAUAGCUGUAUUGUCGGCACGAAUGGAGCUGCGACGUGCGAAGGCUAAAGCAGAGAAGAAAUCAAAGAAGCGAGCAACAGAAGGCGUAGAAGAUGGAAAGAAGAAGUUAAAACAGAAAAUGGAAGUGGCGAGAAGAAUCCUUCAGUUGUCAAUGGUGGUGCAUCUACAAGCUGUGCCACAAAAUCUGAAGUCGGUGCUGCUACGAAAAUGAUUCUUCCAGAAAAAGCACGCCAGGGAUACAGCAUUGCUAAGGACCCAAACACGAGCGAGGCAUUCAAGUCCCUUUUCACCUCCCAUCCCAAGGCUAUCAAUCAACCAAAGGCCCACUGGGUUACACACAACCCCUUGUUCUACUGAACAAGUGCACGUAUUUUACAGGACUAAGUUGUGGACUGACAGCUCAUCUUCAGGAAGAUAUGUGAAAACACGCAGUCAUGAAUAAAACAAAAGUGAAGCCGACGCUUAAUUUUCGAAAGUAA